AUGGAGGGGUUGUUUUCUAAGGAAAUGCUUAAAGGCACCUUUACUGUGCAGCUCUUUGAGGAACUGCAGCACAGCAAAGUGGUACCUGUACAAAACAAGGAAGAAAAAUGGCGAGGGAGGAAGCAGACAUUUGUGACAGAUUUUCAAGGAGAUAUUUUUUUACACGAGGCUGUUAACACUAUGGAUGUCCUCACAGCUGCUGGUAAAUUAAACAGCCAAGACACUUACAAUAACUUCACCAACAACAAUCCUGGGAACCCUCGACUCCUGCCUCUUCCAAGUUUGACUGUGGUGUUGCCUCUUGCUCAAAUCAAGCAGCCAAUGACAUUAGGGACCAUCACCAAACGCACAGGCAAAUCCAAACCAGCUCCCCAGAUUUCACCCAGCAAGUCUGUUGGAGGAGAGUUUUGUGUCGCGGCAGUCUUUGGAUCAUCAAGGUCAUGGUUUGCAAACAAUCCUGGGCUGAAAAGAGAAAAAGAUCAAUCCAAGCAGUUUGUGGUGGAGUCUCUGUACAUUAUCAGCUGUUACGGCAGCCUGGUGGAGCACGUGCUGGAACCGCGGCCGCUCAGCACGGCCCCCAAGAUCAGUGAUGACACACCUUUGGAAAUGGUGACAUGCCCAAGAGCCAGCUGGACUUUGGUUAGAACUCCUCAGUGGAAUGAACUCCAACCACCAUUUAAUGCAAACCAUCCACUGCUCCUGGCUGCAGAUGCUGUACAGUACUACCAGUAUCUUCUUGCUGGCUUGGUUCCACCGGGGAGCCCUGGACCGAUCACUCGACACGAGUCGUACGACAGCCUGGCGUCUGACCACAGCGGGCAGGAGGAUGAAGAGUGGCUUUCACAGGUCGAGAUCGUGACUCACACCGGGCCCCACCGCCGCCUGUGGAUGGGCCCACAGUUCCAGUUCAAAACAAUCCACCCCUCAGGCCAAACCACUGUCAUUUCAUCCAGCUCUUCAGUGCUGCAGUCGCAUGGUCCAAGUGACACCCCGCAGCCUCUUCUGGACUUUGAUACAGAUGAUCUUGACCUCAACAGUCUCAGGAUUCAGCCGGUCCGGUCAGAACCCGUCAGCAUGCCGGGCUCCUCACGUCCAGCUUCUGAUCGCAGGGGAGUUUCAACAGUGAUUGAUGCUACCUCAGCAUUCAUCAAUUUUGUCUUUUUUAUUUGUCUGGCAACAUGUUUACUAACCAUUGCCAUAAACUUAAAAGGAUGUCAUGAUUUUCGGCUGCACGAUAGG